UCCUCUGGUAGGUUCCACAAUGGUACAGCCAGCAUCACGCUGCACAAUGGUUUCCAGGCAGUGAAAGAGCGUGAUUCAGCAAGCCACUCUUCCCCCCCCCCUUUUUAUUUCAUUAUUAUCAGACAUUUUGCCUCCCUUUUUCUGUUCUGCUCUACCCUCUCCCCCAGGCUUUAAUUUUGUUCUUUAGAUGAAAACAUUGAUUUACUUUGACUCCAACUGCCCAUCUUUUUGGUUUUUAUUAUUAUAAAUAUCUCAUCUUUUCUGUGGCGCUGUUUGGAAUGUGAUUUUAAAAAUACCACCUAAUGUCGCAGUUUGGGGAAAAGGUUUCUGGACGAGGAGAAUAGCUCGCAAGCACGGAAUGGGCUAGUAUAGAAACCUGUACCAGCAGCAGGCCGGACUCAAGUAUCAGCUAUGGCAACCCAUGCAUGAAGUUGAUGCCUUUGAACUAUUUCCUAUAGAUGAGACAUAGCACGCGCUGUGCUGUCUUCUACUGGAACAGAGGGGGAAACUUGGCGAGGCCACAUCUGUUAAGCAGUGGUCCCCAGAUUUGCAGCUCUCCUGGGGAAGACCUCAGAACAAUUGCAAGUGCGUCACCUGGAUAAAAUGUAAAACUUUGCUGUCAGACUAUCCUAUCCCUGGUAUUUAUGAGCCGCCAUUUCUUGUAUUAUUGUGGUGAACCUACUCUGGAUGUGAAGAUUGCCUUUUGUCAGGUGUGUGUUCCUUACAGGUAAAACAAGGGAUUUGGGAAACAAGUGGAUGUGUCAUAUAUUGCCAAACAUUACAACAUGAGCAAAAGCAAAGUUGACAACCAGUUCUACAGCGUGGAAGUAGGUGACUCGACCUUCACAGUUCUCAAACGCUACCAGAACUUGAAACCUAUUGGCUCUGGGGCUCAGGGAAUAGUUUGUGCUGCAUAUGAUGCCGUCCUUGACAGAAACGUGGCCAUUAAGAAGCUCAGCAGACCAUUUCAGAACCAAACUCAUGCCAAGCGAGCUUACAGGGAGCUGGUCCUCAUGAAGUGUGUGAAUCAUAAAAAUAUUAUCAGUUUAUUAAAUGUCUUCACACCACAGAAAUCUCUGGAGGAGUUCCAGGAUGUUUACCUGGUAAUGGAGUUAAUGGAUGCCAAUCUGUGCCAAGUCAUUCAGAUGGAGCUAGACCAUGAGCGAAUGUCUUAUCUACUGUACCAAAUGCUCUGUGGUAUCAAGCAUCUUCACUCUGCAGGAAUUAUUCACAGGGAUUUGAAACCAAGUAAUAUUGUGGUAAAAUCUGACUGCACGUUGAAGAUUUUGGAUUUUGGACUGGCCAGGACUGCAGGCACUAGUUUCAUGAUGACUCCGUAUGUGGUGACACGUUACUACAGAGCACCAGAGGUCAUCUUGGGAAUGGGCUACAAGGAGAACGUGGAUAUAUGGUCUGUGGGAUGCAUUAUGGGAGAAAUGGUUCGCCACAAAAUCCUCUUUCCAGGAAGGGACUAUAUUGAUCAGUGGAAUAAAGUUAUUGAGCAGCUGGGAACACCCUGUCCGGAAUUCAUGAAGAAGCUGCAGCCGACGGUACGGAACUAUGUUGAAAACAGACCCAAGUACGCUGGCCUCACUUUCCCCAAACUUUUUCCAGACUCUCUCUUCCCAGCUGACUCGGAACACAACAAACUCAAAGCCAGCCAAGCCAGGGACCUUUUAUCAAAGAUGCUAGUCAUUGAUCCGGCCAAGCGAAUAUCAGUAGAUGAAGCCUUACAGCAUCCAUACAUUAACGUCUGGUAUGACCCAGCAGAAGUGGAGGCGCCUCCUCCUCAAAUAUAUGAUAAACAGCUGGAUGAAAGGGAACAUACAAUCGAGGAAUGGAAAGAACUCAUCUACAAAGAAGUAAUGAAUUCUGAAGAAAAGACUAAAAAUGGCGUAGUAAAAGGACAGCCUUCUCCUUCAGGUGCAGCAGUGAACAGCAGUGAAAGCCUCCCUCCAUCCUCAUCUGUCAAUGACAUCUCAUCCAUGUCCACGGAUCAAACACUGGCGUCUGACACGGACAGCAGCCUGGAAGCUUCUGCAGGACCCCUCGGUUGUUGCAGGUGACUAGCCGCCUGCCUGCGAAACCCAGCGUUCUUCAGAGGAUGAUGUAAUUUAGGAGUAAAAAUUAAGAGGAGUUAAGAGAUGAAAAGGGAGAGAAAUAAAAUACAAAGAUUUAAACAAAACAAACAAAAAAUGUUUUCAGCCUGCUUCUCCUACAGAAUUAUGUAAUGCAGCUAAGCUCAAAUGUAUAUUUAACUUAUAGUUGCUCUGCUUUGGUCUUCUUCCAAUGAUGCUUAGUGGGGAAAAAAAAAAGGAACUGAAAAAUCCUUUUUUUUAACCCUUCCCCAUAAGAUGUAAAAUUAAUGGCUGCAAAACCAGCAACCUGCAACUGUCCUUUUCACACUGGCAUGACAAGGUGUGCAGUAGCCACUCUCAAACAUACAAGUGUGUAUCUGCCUUCACCCUCUGUUCUGUCAUCUUCUGCCCAGUGAGGCAGAUAGGGAUAUACAUGCAUUUUUCUUCAUAUACAAAUAGCACAUAUACACGCGUGCCAGUAGAAUUCUGGCAGUGUAUGCAGCCGUGUGCCUGUAGGAACAUGCACAUCUGCAUAUGUACUUAGUGUGCACUCCACAACUAUAAAUGGCCCAUUUCAGGUGAACGGCAUAACUACAUGUGUGAUAUGACUAGUGUAUAUCCUAUUUGUUUGUUCAUUGAUGAGGUGCAUAUCUUGUAUGAGGAUUUGUGGAAGUGUAAAUAACCACAUUGAACUGUGGCUCCCUCAGACACUUGAAGAUGUAGCACCAACAUUUCUGCUGAGAGUCGUAUACAUAUUUUGAAAUAAGAAGCAAAUUUGUAUUGAAAGAAGAUGCCACAGAGUUUCAUAGAAAAAUGUUUAUUCGUGAAUGUUGAGACUUGUUGUUCUAAUUUUUAGAGCAGAUAUGCCAAGCUAUGACCAGGUUAGAUGGAAGCACAUAUAUAUUUGCAAGCUACAGGGAACAAGAAUGAAGGGGUUUUUAUGCAUGUCUAAGCCCAGAAAGAUUUGUCUCAGUAGGCAACUUUUCCUGUCAAUGUUAAUUUAGUUAUCAUCUUAGUUCAUAGACAGACUCACUAUGAAUGAGUUACAUGUACGCUUGUGUGUUAGGGAGUAUGACAGGGUUGAGGAAUGGGCAGAUUAUGGUCAAUAGGACAUACAACAACUUGGUUUUAUUUUACGUCUAGAUCUUUAUUAAGUUAAAUAGAGAAAGGAUAUUUGCAGCUCACUCCCUCUCAGUGUAUGUAUGUGGCUUAGAGGUCGUUUUCCCUUUAAAUCAUUCCCUUGCAGGGUUCUCCACUACUAAAAGAACAGGCCUUCUCCAGGUGCUUUUGGCUGUUCAUUUGCUCGUGACAAAUCAUCUGACUCCCCAGGAAGUUUUAUCAGCUGUGUUACAUGGAAAAGAACCACCGAGUGCAUGGGUCUAGUAUUCCUAUAUUCUAAGUAAUAGCAGAAGAUACCAGUCAGCUAGUGCGCUGGGCGGAAACCAUCCCAGUCAGGGGUCUUAGGCUCUCAAUCAGGCAUCUUAGGCAGUUUUGACAAGUUCCAAAGAACCCAACAGUGACUGAAUAUCACAUUGAUUUUACCAGAUAAUAAGUAGAAUUCCCAGUGGUAAGUGGUUUUACCAGAGAAUGGCAAAACUCCACACAGAAUUUCAGAACAACUGAAUAUUUUUGCAGCCAAAACAGCAACUAGCAUUUUCCACUGCAAGGUCAUCACUACCUGGGUUGGAAAUUAACUAAAAUCUGAGUCAUCUCUCCUCUUACCAAAGUGUGCCACGUAAACUGAAACGAGAUAAAUCAUACUCUAAUGCUUUUCUAAAUGUCAAAGAGAGAAACUGUUUAGAAUAUAUUACUGGAUAUUUUAAAUUCACUAAUUCUUAUGUUUUCAAAAUUCUACCAAAAUAGGAAUGUUCCAUUAGGUGGCUUACAAGCCUGCCAUUCUGUGGUAGGAAAAAUAAUUAAGUAUCAAGUCAGAUUUUGUUCAAAGGGAAGAAAGUAAAGAAAAAAAACUCUCCACAGUUAAUUAAGUGGGUAUGAAAUAAUUUCACACUUGGUAGGUCUGAGCUGUCUUAUAAUUGUUGUAGGAAUUUUUUUUCCCCAGGUAUAUUUUUGGUAGAUUUUUAUAGAUUUUUUUUUGAGAAUAAAAUUAGGUCGAUAAUGUUCUAAAAACUCAGAGCAGUAAUUGUGGAAGCAAUAAUUUACUUCUGCUAAAAAUAUUUAGCAAUAUUCUCUCUUAAGCCAUGAAACAUCAUGUCAUUGUCGAGUGAUGUAACUCACUUCAAAGCCAAUGAUCAUAAAAGUAUUGAAAGGUAAACAGCAAUGCUCUGUAGGUACAAAGGCAAUAACACCAAGGGUGACUUCUUAGCAAUAAUGAAAUGUAUCACCUCCAGAUUUAAUUCACCAUAGAUAUAUAUUAAUAAUAUUCAGGUAACUAGUAUCUGCUUUACAUUCCUUAGUGUGCACCAUUUGGGUGUGUUAUUUAAACAAAACAAAACAAAAGUGUCUCAAAGAGGCAAUGCUGUAUGUAAGAGAAACUGCAAAAAUACCACAAAUGUAAACCAUAGAAACUGGAAAUAAUCAUACUUCAUUGCCAGUGAUAUUAUGGAGAUGUGGCAUCGGCAAUAGCAGAGAAAUCAUUUCUAGUAGACAGAUGCUUACAGAUCUCCCAUGUUUCGUCCAUCGAAGCCAAAAAACAUGCUCUUAGUCCCAUUGUAUAAUUCAGUCUUGCUUGGGUUCAUGAGUGCGGGCUGGAGAACCAGUCGCCAUAGAAGAUGUCCUAGCGAUCGCCGCUAAAUGAACCCACAACAUAGAAGUUACAUAACUUUAUUCCCAGAAGCCCUGAUUCUGCUAAGCACCAGUGCUCCUACAAACAUUUAACGGAGACUACAGGGAUGCGUACAUAAUUUUAACUAGUGUGUGCUUUUGUCUUUUGCUUAGCAGCGAUCAACAUCAGCAUGUGCUUAAGUGCCUUGCUGAAAUGGGGCCUAAAAGAAUUACUGCAUCUCUUUUUGUCCUCAGAUUAGUUAGUCUCCUUUAUGUGAAGCUCUGUCUGGGGGAGGAAACUUGGGGCUGUCCACAUUGAACACUAGAAAAAAGCCAUCAAUGAAGAAAAGCAAUAGUUUGUUACAAUUUUGGUCCUUGUAUGUCCAAACUGAAGUAGCAACCAUCAAACAGGAAUAGUAUCCUCUGUUUUGCUUUGUGUCAGGAAGUAGGUGCUAUCAGCUGAUACCUUACAAGAAUGCAUGGACUCUUGAAUAAAAGGUUGCAGUGAUGACAUUCUGUAGCUGUCUUAAGGUAAACAAAAUUUUUCUUUCAUAUUCUAGAAGUUUUGAUCCCCUUCUCUUCGAGCCUGUUCCCCUUUAUUCCUACAAUUCUGUUCAGUUUGAUAAUGACAGAUGCUUUAUUCCUACGUUCUGUUCAGUUUGAUAAUGACUGAUACUUCUGGAUAGUAUGAGAAACUAAAAAAUAACAAAAAAGUUAGAAUUGCUCUUAAAAGACCCUUCCUCCAUUUUCCUUCUCACUGAUCGAGUUUAAAUGAGGAUGAGAGAUUGAUUUACUUCAAGUUGAUGCAAGGCUAUGCAUGUUUUCAAUCCAAAAUUUUCUGUAAUUUUUGAAAUCAAUCUUCAGAUACUGACUUGGUAGCUGAAAUAGUAUCUUCCAUUAAAAUGUAAUAGAUCUUUAGAGAGUUCAGAUAUUUGAGUUGGUCACAUGCUGAUUUAUGCGAAUUGCAUUGUUGUUGAUAAUCCUCCCAUACCAUGUAGAAUUCCAUGGCACAGAUAGAUUCAGGAAUCUUAGCAAGCUUGCAUUAAAUAAAGUGGAGCUUAAAUUGGAGUGCAAGUAUGGUAAUGUCAAAAAAAAAAAAAAAAAAGAAAAAGCGACAGAAAGCCUGAUCUGGUACUUCCCUAAGGCACUGAUAGUUUUCCUCUGGAAGUUAACAGUUCCUGCAUGAUAUUGGCCUCCAAAGAUUACACAAGAAAGACGAUUGUGCCACUGUAUCACUCUUCUAAAUUUAUCUUCUAUUCUUAACUAAGAAUAGAUUCAUAUAUAUGGUUUUAUCUUCAUACAUAUUGCUUUACCUUCAAGCUUUGGGAUAACAAUACUGAAGAAAUUAGACUUGUCACAGUGCCUUUAGGAAGGUUUCCACAUUAGUUCUACUUAACUGAUUAGUAUUGUAUUAUAAUGUUUGUCAGUGAGCACCGGUGAUUUCUUUUCCACCAAUAUAUUUUCUGAUGAAAAAUAUGCUAAUAGUAAAUUUUAGAACUGCCUGAGUCAAAUUCAGCAAAUAUCACAAAUUUUUUAUUUAAAAAAAAAGGAAAAAUAUGGUUUGAGUAUCCUGAAAUCACUGUAAAAUAUAAUUGAAACAUUUCAAUUCAAAAUAAUUUUUAAUAGCCAAUGUUAGCUUAUUUAUAUUACAAGCUUUGCAGUAUUCCAAAGGAUCAAAAAUUAUUUUAGUUUCAGAUCUAUCUAUAUUUAUUUCUUCUUGCUUAUUGAGAUUUUAAAAUUUUGUGUGAAUUCAAACAUGCAAAAACAAACAAGAAAGACAUUUUGCAACAAACUCUGUGUGCUUCCAGGGACAGCAAUAUGAAAGAAAACCUGCAGGGAAGAAUUAGACUUUUCUUUUAAUAGCCUGGCAAAAAAAGUCUGAGUUAGUGGUUCGAGUUUAGGCUUUUAUUUUCUUUGCUUCCAUAUGUAUGUGUAGGAAAGAGAGGGAGUUGCAUAUGGAUGUGAUUUUUAGAGCCUGUUCUAUUCAUAUUUGAUCCAAGUUCCCAGUGCGGAUAACAAGCGUAAUUGUAACAUAAUUACACAUCUUCAAGAAUCUGAUGGCUGUGCUUAUUUGAACUUCCACCACUUUACAAAGGACACAGUUAACUAAUUGCAAGCUCAAGGUGAUCUUUUUCACACACACACAAAAAGAAAAUCAUUGUGCCGUAGGUUUGACUAUUCCUCAAAUAUGUAAUGUCUUAAUUAGUAAGAUGCUUGAGGGAGGUGGGGGAAUGGUGAAUGUGUCAUCUUCACCAAUGAGCUGGAAAACAGACCUGUCCAGUGGAAUUUUGUGGAAUCUGCUUUGUGUAUUAGGAACUUGCCAGUGUGGCCUUCCCCUUUCCCUUCCUCUUCCCCUUCCCCUUUCCUUCCCUUCCCACUAUUGAUUGCAAGAGGUGAGCUGUUUCAAUCAUUUGUAUUCAGGCUCAUUGACCCAUGGCAAGUUUGAGUUUUAAAGAGGGUUUGAUUUGACAAAAGAAUGUUGAAAAACUUCAACUGAGGCUACUAGUGCCUUUUUACCUGAGAGCGAAAAGCUGAAAAGCACGUAUUGAAGGAAGACACAGUCAAUUUGGGAAAUAAAUGUAUGUCUACCAUGCUUAUAAUUUCAGACAGGUAAGCCUGUCUCUUUUGCUAAUUUUCACUGAACAGGGCCAUGCUUGUCUUCUGGGAAGCAAGAUAUUUAUAAUGUAAAUAGUUGUAUUGAUUUUUUUUCCUUCCUCUGUAACUAAUAUGUAAUAAUCAAGCACACUAAUUCUGUUAAAUCUUUCACAAUAAGGCCGCUGUAUGCCUAAAUAUGGUUGACCUCUGACCUUUUCCUAAGUCAGUUAUAUGCUGAAAAGGAGGGUGCUGAAGGUUUCAGUGUACAUACAGAAUCAUGUAUAUUUAGUAAAUUGAGUAAGUGGGACUUAGGGCCAGUAUACGUUAAGCCACAACAGUAACAAAGCUCCAGAUUUUAACUAGCAAAAACAACUGUUCACCUUGCCAUGUCCAUCAUUUGUAAUAAGAUCUAAGUUGCACCUACCUGUAGUUCUGCAUGAUCAGACUUCAAAGUAUAACUAACAAGACCUGUAAUGUAUCAGUGCUGAUAAAUGUAGAUGUAAAAAAAAAAAAAGAAAAAAAAAAGAAAGAAAAAAAGAAAAAACUUGACCAACAAAAGAAAAUCAACAACAGCAACAGUUCAGUAUCAAGACUGGAAGAUGAGACAUGUCUGAUUUUGUUGCGCACUUAUAGCUGAAAAGAACAACCAGUGUCAGUCAGCGUAAAUGGACUGCAGUAGUGACAUUUGUUAAGGAACCAACCUUAUUUCCAUAUUGUUUUGUUCUUACCCUGUUUUCCUUUGACCAUUUGUUCCCUGUGCGUAGUACAGGGCAGAACAGGCCCUCAGUCAUCAGUGUUUUGUGGGUCAAUGUUGCAUCAAUGAUUUCUCAUUUCUGUUCAUUUAGCAAUUACUGAACUAAGAUGGGAAUCUCGUGUUCUCCCAUAUGUCAAAAGGAAUCCUGUCAGAGCUUCCUCAUGAGGAUACUUUUCUCACUGCUGUCUUGACUCCUGUCGCUUGAAUGACUUUGCACUGUUCCCAAUAAACAGCACAACACAGCAAACCAUAUUGAUUGAGGGCUUCAUUACAUGUGUGUUGUGCAUCUGUACUUUCACAGGGGCUCAAAGUCAUGCAGGGACAGGACUCAACUGAAAUAUGGUAUGUACUCUAUGCAUGACGCCUAUAUUACACCUUUAUGACCUUAUAGUGGUAAAACUGAUUAUCUUUACAGAUGUGGAUUUGGACCAUCUUUUUUUUGGAGGAAAGUUGUAGUGAACCUCGGUCCUUAUCCCACAAACCACUUGCGCUUAUCCAGAGCAGCUAAGCGGACGUUAAAGCGGUGCGAGGACCUUCCGGGGGGCCAUGCACAGGGGUGAAUUUCAUGCUGUUUGAAUGUGAUCUUGCCAAAAAGUCUGUAUGUCUAGCAGGGGAGACUGUGACUGUUCUAUAAGGAGUGUUUGUGUUGUUUACUUUAAAACAAGCUUUGCUAAUUAAAAUAGUGUAUUCCGGA